AUGGAUUCAACUCCAGUUAAUACAAUUUUAUUAAAUAACACUGAAUCACAAAAACCUGCGUUCUCUGGCAAAGCUUCUAUUUUUGAAAUCGCCAAUAAAGCCAAUAAAGCUAAAUUUAAUGAGUUGAAUCAUGAAACUUUUACUCUUUUUAAGCUCCCCGAUAAAAUCAAGAUUAAUAUUUUUAAAAAUUUUCGUUCCCCAAUGAAUUUAUUAUUAACUAGCAAAUUUUGGCAUCAACUUUCUCAACAAU